UUGACGUUUAUGUUUUCGCAAUAAUUUAGUUAUGAAACUUGUUAUUUCUAUCUUCAAAAGCACUCAUAGUAUUCGCACAGUUAUUAAUGCAAGUUUGCUAUUAUGUUCUCCAUAAAAAUAUUACAACUUCGGUCAACGAGAAAACUACCCGCUUUGUAUCACAGAUCCCUCAGUAACCAGGCAAAAAUAAGCGAAAAAACUGUAGAUCUCUACCAGCAGCAGUAUGCUCGUGAUUCCUGGACAAAUAUCACUCCGAAGAUCUUGUCUCACCUGGAUCGGAAUCUACAUUUGCAGUCAAACCAUCCACUUGCCAUUAUCCGCAAAAAAAUUGUAAAAUAUUUUUACGGAGCAUAUCUUAAUCCCAGAGGAAAUCCUUUAUUUAGUGUUUACGAGAAUCUUAGUCCAGUUGUUUCUGUUGAACAAAAUUUCGAUAAUCUGCUAAUACCAAAAGAUCACCCGAGUAGAACAAAAAGUGAUUGUUAUUACAUUAAUAAGGAUUAUCUUUUAAGAGCUCAUACGACAGCACACCAGGUCGAACUUAUCCAAGCUGGCUUAGACAAUUUUCUGGUGGUUGGAGAUGUAUACCGAAGGGAUGAAAUUGACGCGACCCAUUACCCGGUGUUCCAUCAAAUGGAUGGUGUUAGGAUAAUUCAUCAAGAUAAAUUGUUCGAGAAAACACCAGAAUUGAAGGUAUUUGAGCGAUACUACAAGACCUAUCUAACCAAUGAUACUAGUACAAUAUCGGACUGCAUCGAUCAGCAUAAGCAACCCUGCCACACGUUAGAAUCUGUAAAACUUUGCGAACAUGAGAUGAAACGGGUACUCGUUGGAAUGGUAAAACACUUGUUUGGAGAAAAAGUUGAAUAUCGAUGGGUCGAGACGUAUUUUCCUUUCACUCAACCAUCCUGGGAGUUGGAAAUAUUUUUCAACGGAAGGUGGUUGGAAAUUCUUGGUUGUGGAAUAAGUCGAAACGAAAUUCUUGAUAAAGCUGGGGUAGACAAUUCAAUUGCGUACGCUUUUGGAGUUGGACUCGAGCGGUUAGCAAUGGUGCUUUUCGAUAUACCAGAUAUCAGAUUGUUCUGGAGUACAGAUAGCGGCUUUCUAAAUCAAUUCAAGGACGAAAGAAUAGUUAAAUACAAACCUAUAUCAGUUUACCCCCAGUGUACAAAUGACAUCUCUUUCUGGCUACCGGAUAAUUUGUCCCUUGAAACUUUCUCAGUGAACGAUUUCUAUGAUUUAGUACGAACAAUCGGAGAGGAUAUAGUAGAACAGGUCACCCUCAUAGACAAAUUCAAGCAUCCAAAGACUGGCAGAUCUAGUUUAUGUUUCCGGAUUGUUUACCGUCACAUGUCGAAAACGCUUACUCAGUUAGAGGUAACCACAAUUCACUCAAAAAUAGGAGAUGAGAUGGUCAAAGAAUUUAAUGUGAGCAUUCGGUAGGAAAAUGUAUUCCCAUAUAACCAAAA